UGAAAAUAUCGAAUGUGAGUAAGAAUUUGGUCGUAUCGUAUAUGACCUUCGACAGUAUGAUCAAUGCCUUGAUGUUCUUGAACCAGUUUGCUAAUGCAGGAAUGGCCAGCUUUUCUAAUGGGUUUAUGAAUACACAGCUCGGAUCGAGGAGAAGCUUGACUUUCUUCCAUCGUCAUCUAUGGAUAACAAUUUUUACAUUCAUUUUGACAGUUCUUAAGGGCCAACUUAAAUUCCCUGGCAAACAAAAUUUACACUUUCUCGUUGUUUCAGGAACAUUGGGAGUCUUUCUAAACUUUCAGUUAAUUUCAAAGAAUGCAGGUAUCUUUACACUUCCUUUCAUGAUGCUCUUCCAGCCCUUGUUCCCUGUUUUUAUCCUCUGAGGUAUAAUUGCUCUUAAACUGGAUAGAUGGACGCCAAGGAAGGUUAUCGGAUCAAUCCUAUGAGUAUUGUCUGUGCUAUCCUAUGUAACUUUCUAUAAUGUAACAGAUGAGCAAAGGUUUUUCAAAAACUUCUUUAUGACUAUUCAAGUGACUACACCUGCAAUGGGGGCUAUUUCUCUCAGAUUUGCUGUGUUAAAAGGAAAUCUUGGAGUAUUCAACAUUGCUUUUUGGGCAUCAUUUUUUGCAACUAUUAAUGCAUUCAUUUACUACUCAAUUCAAUAUUGGCUUGAACCAAGCCCUCCAUUCUUUAGUCCUACCUAUCAGUUUGGUCUCUUAAGAAUCGCGACUAUCUGGAUAUUUAGGAUCAUUGUUGAUGCCUUCAAUGUAUGCACGUUCGUGUAUCUAGCAUCUAAAAGGAAGAUUGCAAAGGCUGCUUGCUUUGUGACCUUGAAUGCUUUCUUCGUUAUCAUAUUCAACAUCUUUUUGGGAACUUAUGACGUUUGGAUUUUCCCAUAUUUGAUUUUUAUUUAUUCUGGAUACAGUCUGAUUGCUUAUGACAGAAAGAGAGUAUUCGAAAAGAGAAUGAUGAAAUUAGUCAAGAUUAAGUUUAUCUCUCAAGUCGCCCAAGAUCAUAAGGAAGUUGUAUAUGAUAAUUUCAGUUAUAACCCUGAUAUGACCAAUGAGGAGCUUAUGGCAACAGUGAACCAGGUUGCAUUGAUAAAUAAAAAGAGGACUAACUUUGAAAAGCCAAGGAAAUCAAUAGAGGAGAAGAAAAUUGAUUUUAGAGAGGAUUACUUAGAAGAUUCCACCGAAUCUGUUAGGCUAAAAGCCAAAAAUAAGGUUAUCAGUAAAGAACAGGAAGUCUAUCUAGAGAAAUCGUAUGCUCAAAUAAGGAAAACAAGAAAGGAUAAAGGAUUAGAUUCUAGUGACGAUUCAUCAGAAGAUUCAUCUUAAUUUCUUUUAAACAUUUUACAAU